AUGCAGCUGGAGCACUGCCUUUCUCCUUCUAUCAUGCUCUCCAAGAAAUUUCUCAAUGUGAGCAGCAGCUACCCACAUUCAGGCGGAUCUGAGCUUGUCUUGCACGAUCAUCCCAUUAUCUCGACCACUGACAACCUGGAGAGAAGUUCACCUUUGAAAAAAAUUACCAGGGGGAUGACGAAUCAGUCAGAUACAGACAAUUUUCCUGACUCCAAGGACUCACCAGGGGACGUCCAGAGAAGUAAACUCUCUCCUGUCUUGGACGGGGUCUCUGAGCUUCGUCACAGUUUCGAUGGCUCUGCUGCAGAUCGCUACCUCCUCUCUCAGUCCAGCCAGCCACAGUCUGCGGCCACUGCUCCCAGUGCCAUGUUCCCGUACCCCGGCCAGCACGGACCGGCGCACCCCGCCUUCUCCAUCGGCAGCCCCAGCCGCUACAUGGCCCACCACCCGGUCAUCACCAACGGAGCCUACAACAGCCUCCUGUCCAACUCCUCACCGCAGGGCUACCCCGCGGCCGGCUACCCCUACCCACAGCAGUACAGCCACUCCUACCAAGGAGCCCCUUUCUACCAGUUCUCUUCCACACAGCCCGGACUGGUACCCGGCAAAGCUCAGGUGUACCUGUGCAACAGGCCCCUCUGGCUGAAAUUUCACCGCCACCAAACGGAGAUGAUCAUCACCAAACAAGGAAGGCGCAUGUUUCCUUUUUUAAGUUUUAACAUUUCUGGUCUCGAUCCCACGGCUCAUUACAAUAUUUUUGUGGAUGUGAUUUUGGCGGAUCCCAAUCACUGGAGGUUUCAAGGAGGCAAAUGGGUUCCUUGCGGCAAAGCGGACACCAAUGUGCAAGGAAAUCGGGUCUAUAUGCAUCCGGAUUCCCCCAACACGGGGGCUCAUUGGAUGCGCCAAGAAAUCUCUUUUGGAAAAUUAAAACUUACAAACAACAAAGGAGCUUCAAACAACAAUGGGCAGAUGGUGGUUUUACAGUCCUUGCAUAAGUACCAGCCCCGCCUGCAUGUGGUGGAAGUGAACGAGGACGGCACGGAGGACACCAGCCAGCCCGGCCGCGUGCAGACGUUCACUUUCCCCGAGACUCAGUUCAUCGCCGUCACCGCCUACCAGAACACCGAUAUUACACAAUUGAAAAUAGAUCACAACCCCUUUGCAAAAGGAUUUCGGGAUAAUUAUGACACGAUCUACACUGGCUGCGACAUGGACCGCCUGACCCCCUCGCCCAACGACUCCCCGCGCUCGCAGAUUGUGCCCGGGGCCCGCUACGCUAUGGCCGGUUCUUUCCUGCAGGACCAGUUCGUGAGCAACUACGCCAAGGCCCGCUUCCACCCCGGUGCGGGCGCGGGCCCCGGGCCGGGCACGGACCGCAGUGUGCCGCACACCAACGGGCUGCUGUCGCCGCAGCAGGCCGAGGACCCGGGCGCGCCGUCGCCGCAGCGCUGGUUUGUGACACCGGCCAACAACCGGCUGGACUUCGCCGCUUCGGCCUACGACACAGCCACGGACUUCGCGGGCAACGCGGCCACGCUGCUCUCGUACGCGGCCGCGGGCGUGAAAGCGCUGCCGCUGCAGGCGGCGGGCUGCACCGGCCGUCCGCUCGGCUACUACGCCGACCCGUCCGGCUGGGGCGCGCGCAGCCCCCCGCAGUACUGCGGCGCCAAGUCGGGCUCGGUGCUGCCCUGCUGGCCCAACAGCGCCGCGGCCGCCGCCCGCAUGGCGGGCGCCAACCCCUAUUUGGGCGAGGAGGCCGAGGGCCUGGCCGCCGAGCGCUCGCCGCUGCCGCCCGGCGCCGCCGAGGACGCCAAGCCCAAGGACCUGUCCGACUCCAGCUGGAUCGAGACGCCCUCCUCCAUCAAGUCCAUCGACUCGAGCGACUCGGGGAUUUACGAGCAGGCCAAGCGGAGGCGGAUCUCACCCGCCGACACGCCGGUGUCCGAGAGCUCGUCGCCGCUCAAGAGCGAGGUGCUGGCCCAGCGGGACUGCGAGAAGAACUGCGCCAAGGACAUAGGCGGCUACUACGGCUUCUACUCGCACAGCUAG